AUGAAGAUGGGCAGUCGCUUUGGGCAAUGCCUGGCACCUACCUACUGCGAUUUGGAUCCUGUUCCUUCUUGUCCUGGGAACGGUAGAUGCCACGAUCCCCGAACAACCACACGUUUCUGCGCUGCAACAGGUGACGAAAUUCUGGAUGCAUCAUCGAGUCCCGUUCGGACCACCGCCGCGACGAACCAAUCACGAAUACAUGAUCUCGGAGAUGACCGUCUGUUGAAAACUCCGCUAGUGGAACCGGUGUCGGUGUUUGAUGCGCUGGAGUGUCGGAUCCAGUGUUUUGGCGAUAAAUGGGUGUCUCUAGCGACCCAUUGA